UGGCUAAAACCUUAUAGGGCCCUCACUAUAGAUAUUACUGUCAGUUCUUCGAAGAACAAAAACAAGUCAGUACAUCAGCCAACUAUUCCAUCACUCGUUGUUUCAAGUCUUUCAAAACCUCAAGAAUAAUGGAGACUAAACCCUCGAAAAUCAUCCUUGGGUUCAAGUUACUGUUUCUCCUUUGUCAAGUUUCUCCCGUUUUUGGGUCUUGUCGAAACUUGGGAUUCAUGGCCAUUAUCAAAAACAAAGCAUUAACCAAUCACACAAUUCGUUCCAUUCAGCCAAUCACCGACGCUAGACUAUGUCGUGCCAAAUGCUUCCUAGAAUCGCAGUGUUUUGGGAUUAACUUUUGUGUUGAUCAAGACAACACCGCUACAUGUGAGCUGACCGACUCAGACCACAUUCGAAGUGAAAGAGACUUGGUGAACAAAACUGGAUGUACUUUCUACGGAACAGAGGUGAGGGAUAUAUCACGCAUUUAG